AUGAAAGGUGCAGCAAAUGAUGAGGAUCCUGUAGAGGUGGGAAAUUGCGCUCUGGUUGGGGGAAACGAGUUGGGAAGUAGCUUUUUGUGUGUCGGCUGCAGUGGCGAGGCAUCCCACAUUGACGGAGGAACUGCCAAUCGCCCAGGCGAGGAAAAUCCCCUAACAGAGGCGGACAGUGAUAAAAAGGCGCAUCCUGUGAGCGUCCUCAAUAAGGUAAAAAAUGUUAAAAAUGAAAUUGAUGCGGAGACAAAACCCAACGCCCAAAUUAGUAACAACGACACGUAUGUAGAGAACCCCCCGAAUGAUAACGAGUGUGGAGAGGGGCAUAGCAACACUCACGUGGGUGAUAAUGAUAAGCCUCCAAAUGUUGGAGCGAACAGCAGUGGUGUGCUCAUUCCAAAUGGCAUUGGCGCUACCAGAAAUGGCGAGCUCAUUCCAAAUGGCUGUGGCGCUACCAGCAGUGGUGAGCGCAUUCCAAAUGGCUGUGGCGCUACCAACAGUGGUGAGCGCAUUCCAAAUGGCUGUGGCGCUACCAACAGUGGUGAGCGCAUUCCAAAUGGCAGUGGAGCGUUAAAUGUGGAGGAUGAUGCGCCGCUGGAUGAAGGGAAUUUCUCAGCGGAUGACAGACCCGAAGAGAACGCAGACAGUACAGGCAGCUUCAUGUUAGAAGAAGACACAAAUUUAUCCCGAAGAGCGUAUCGAAAUUUUCACAUAUGUUCCAUAUUUAUUCAUGGGACUUUGUUAUUAAUGGUGAUAUUACUGAUAGGGAUUUUAUGUCAUGAUUUUAUGAAGGCAUCAUCUAUUUCGCAGAAGGAGAGGAUAAUGAUUUACUUCUGUGGGUUGUUGCUCAGCAUGUUAGGGUUACAUCUUUGCCUAAAUUUAUAUAUGUCUAUAGUGUUACUGAGACAAGCCGAAGUUUCAAAGAUGUUAAAAACGGUGGAAGCCAAAAUUCACGUUAUUGUUUUGGUGUACUUUUCCAUGUGUGCAUAUAUUUACUUUUUUGAAGGCAAGAAUUACCCCAUAAGUUCCACCUUUUCCUUCACCAUCAUUUUAGCUAUCAUAUAUUAUUUUAUGCCGAUAUUUUUAUAUAUAAUUUUGAGGAUUCUGUUCAUAAUUGUCAUUUUGGUAUUAAUUUUUGUUAAGAGGAAGAGUCCCACUCCGAAGAAGAUUUUGAAAAAAUUGAAAAUUAUGAAAUAUGUAGAGUAUAGGAAGUAUUGCGAGGAGGAGGCUUGCUUUGGUAGUGCCUAUUUUACGAACUGGAGGGAGCUAAACGGGGAGGGUGUAUCGGUUCCACAGGAGGGAGUGAUGGGUACGAGGGAGGCUAUGACGACCACCGCUGUGGAGGGAGGUACAGGGAUUGCUGCACCUGGUGGUGAUAACAAGGGGGACAACGUUGCGUCAGUUGAGCCCACGUCAAAUUGCAAUGGGGACGGGAACACCAUCUCGACGGCAACGUCCUGCGUGCAGGGCAGCAGUGCGAAUGGAAGCAGGAGCGGGAGCGGAAGUGGCCGUCCGAAUGGAGGCGGUCCCCUUAGCAGUAGCGCGAAUGACCGACCAACCCGCAGCGGCAACAGUAACACGAGGAGUAACCUCGAGCGGCACCUUUUCUAUGACCGCGCUGGAAGAGCUACCGGUAGAGGAGGGGGGUCCUCCAGUCGUGGAGGUACUCAAGCUAACGACAGAGAGAGAGACGACCCGGCGAGCGGUAACCAAAAUGGCAGAGAUAACUCCAAUCAGGAUGUUCCCCCGAGUUACGAUAACAAUCGCGAGGUUCCAAAUGCCAUCGACGAAGCUAAUGGAGAGCCAAAUAAAGACGGCAAAUCAGCAGCCGUAUUUGAGUACUUCCAAAAAGUUUUGAAAAAAAAAAAAAAUGCUAUGGAAAAUGAAAAUGCACAAGUACAUGAAAAUAAUUUGGAGGAAAAUUCCUUUCAUAUAAAUAUCGAGAGCUCCGAUUAUGUUUGUUCAAUCUGCUGCGUCGAGUACCUAAAUGACGAUGAUAUUUGUAUUCUGCCCUGUAACUAUCUGCAUUACUAUCACAAGGAAUUAUUCGUCCGUUAG